AUGAACAAUCUAUUUGGAAUCCUGGAUUUAUUCCUUCUCGUCUCGCACGUUGUCGCCUCCGGAAAUUUCACAUUCCGCUACGGCGAACGGCGGGGACAGAGUUACGACAGUGUCACGUUUGAGAUCGCGACGCCGUCUCUCGCAUCCUGCGCCAUGGAAUGCGUCACGCAGACUCCGCCUUGCUACGCCUUCAACUAUCGGGAAUCCGAAGAAUCGUGCCAGCUCGUACUCAACGGGAAGAGCGACCUCGUGGAAUCCGACGGAUGCAUCGCCUUCGUUCGAUGGAUGUGCCUGACGGAGCACCCGACGAUCCCGAACGCAGAAGUUUCCUACGAGGACUGGAACGGAGAAUAUCCAGCGCCGAAGGAAGCGACGGUCGUUCUCCAAUGCGACAAUCCCAAGGGAUUCUCCGACGGCUCGCCUCUUCACAAGUCUCGAUGCUCCUCCGCCGAGGCGGAUGUUUGGUCCAGCUCCUUCCAACAGGAUGCAGUCCACUGCGAGCCGCUGCAUGUGUAUCCAGAUUGUCGCUUGACGGAGGAGGGAAGAGAAUACAUCGGGACCGAAACGCGGACGGAAUCGGGAAAGACUUGCCUGAGAUGGGACACCCAGCCUCAUGGAAAACCAGAAGACUUUCUCGUUACCGUGGAGUACGACGACCACUUCCUGAAUCGGGAUGCCUGGUCCCAGCACAACUACUGCCGGAACCCGUCGCGGAAGGAGAGACCCUGGUGCUUCGUCGCCGAUGCGGAUGUCAAAUGGGAAUACUGCGACAUCCCCUUGUGCACGGAUACGGUUCCCCCGGAAUACAAGAUGACGCAACAGGGCGGGGAAUACAUCGGGAGGAAGAACGUCACGCUUUCGGGUGUUCCGUGCCGACCCUGGAAGAGCACGGCAGCGCAGCUCGCAGGGUUGCCAGAUGCGGAUCACGUCGACGAACGUCACAACUUCUGUCGCAAUCCGAGCGGAGACGCCGCACCUUGGUGCUACACCGAGAAGAGCGGCGCGGGGAAGGAAUACUGCGACGUUCCCUUCCGAGACGGUCGAGGAGUCGGAGAGGGAACCGGAUCGUAUCCGGAAUGCCGACUUUCGGAGAAGGGGAAGGAAUACGUCGGGACGGAGGACGUGACCGAGACGGGGAAGCCUUGCCUCUUUUGGUCGAAUCGGAUUCCCCCGGAAUACAAGAUGACGCAACAGGGCGGGGAAUACAUCGGGAGGAAGAACGUCACGCUUUCGGGUGUUCCGUGCCGACCCUGGAAGAGCACGGCAGCGCAGCUCGCAGGGUUGCCAGAUGCGGAUCACGUCGACGAACGUCACAACUUCUGUCGCAAUCCGAGCGGAGACGCCGCACCUUGGUGCUACACCGAGAAGAGCGGCGCGGGGAAGGAAUACUGCGACGUUCCCUUCCGAGACGGUCGAGGAGUCGGAGAGGGAACCGGAUCGUAUCCGGAAUGCCGACUUUCGGAGAAGGGGAAGGAAUACGUCGGGACGGAGGACGUGACCGAGACGGGGAAGCCUUGCCUCUUUUGGUCGAAUCGGAGUCGCGACGUUCCUUGGGAUUUCUCCAGGCGCGAUGAGCAGAAUUACCAUCUCAACUUCUUGAACGGAAAUUCGUCGAUCCACGAGAAUCACUGCCGGAAUCCAGGGCUGUACCGGGAAAGGCCUUGGUGCUUCGUCUCCGACCCCGACAUCCGUUGGGAGUACUGCAACAUCCCCUUCUGCCGCGAUCCGAAGCCUCCGGAAUGCAAGCUGACCGAAAGAGGAGGCGAGUACGUGGGAAGGCGGAACGCGACCGUAUCUGGACUCCCUUGCUCGCCUUGGCUGUCGGGCUCCGUCGUGCAGAAAACGGAAACGGUGAACGAAACGUUAUCGGCGUUCUCGGACGAAGUGGACGGGAGUCACAACUACUGUCGCUUCCCCGAACCCUCGGACGGCAAGCACGGUCCGUACUGUCAUUCGCUCUCCGGCACCCGACGGGUCUGGGAGCAUUGCGACGUUCCUUUCUGCCCGAAGAGCGACGGAGAGCGAUGCGACGUUCGAGUCUCUGGCGAUUGCGUCGAACCGUUGGAAUGCAAGAUGAGCAAGAUGGGCUCGGAUUACAGAGGAACGAAGAACGUGACGAAAUCGGGACUCCCUUGCCAGCCGUGGUUGAAAAACUCCCCGAACGAUAUGGUGGAUACGUUUGCGAGCAGGAACCUCAAGUUCCCGGACGACUUGUAUCCUUCUCACAACUUCUGCCGGAAUCCGGAUACCGAUCCGGACGGUCCCUGGUGUUACAACGGCUCAGGAACGAGUCCCCGUUACCAGAACUGCGAUAUUCCCCUGUGCUGA